CCACAAUUGCGUAUUUGCGACGACGACGAUAGCGUAUAGAUAUCAAUUUGCUGUGAAAAAUUAGUAAAAAUCAACACGGUACCACCGCGAAAAUCUACAAGAGUUGACCAAUUGUACCAAAAACUCAAGAAAUACCUCUGAAAAUCUGGAAACACUAUUUUUUGUUGUUGCUUGUGAACUUGGAAUCAACAAAAAAAAAGUAAACAAUGAAUAUGAAAAGGAAGUUCGCCACUCUGACAACAACCUCAGGCGGUACUAUCAAAGAAGAGGUGGUGCCCGUUUUAAUACACGAUCCCAAUUCGGGUGAAGAACCACAGUAUGCUUAUGCCACUUUCGCUACCAGCGAGGAGGCGGAGGCUGCUGUCGCCUCGCUGCAUCACCGAGGCCAGCAUCAUCAUCAAGAGGUGGUCGAUGCUCAGGAGGUAAUAAUCGAUGAACAUGGUAGGGCGGUGACCAUACAUCAAAUUGUCACUGAGGAUGGCAAUUCGGUGGAGGACGAAGAGGCAGUGGAUGAUACUGAGAGUGGUCAUACCAUAUUGCACAUAGUACCUACUGGUGAGGAGGAUGAGGAAGGUGUCCAUGACGAGAGCUUGGGCAGUACAGAGGAAUAUGAAAUCAGUGAGCAAGGUGGCAGUGAUUUAAAUGCUAUGCGCAACAAUAAAACUUUCUAUUGUCCAAAUUGCGGCAAUUGCUAUAGUGCUGCUGGCUCUUUAAAGCUUCACAUGCGUGCCUGCAUGCGUCAAAAGGAGGAGGUGCCCGAGGAGGACAGAAAGUGUAAAAUAUGUAAUAGAGUUUUCAACUCACCCAGCUACUUGAAAGAACAUUUAUUGCGUCAUACUGGCGGUGGGCCCAAGCGUUGUCCUCGCUGCUAUCGCAAAUUCAUAGACGAUGAUAAGUACAAGGCCCACAUGGAACAGCACAAGCAUCAGGAGAAACUAGAGGCCGAAGCUGAGGCCAUAAGUGCCCAACACAGUGGCAAAAAGGUGGUGGUCAAAGAGUACACAUGUUCGUUUUGCUCUCAAAAUUUCACCGUUGUCUUUGAGGCGGGUAAUGUCAAGCGUCGCUAUGCCUGCGAUCCUUGUCGUGAGAAGUUUUCGAAUGCCGAAAUGCUGAAGCAGCAUAAACAAAUGGUGGAAGAGAAGCGUGAAUUCUCCUGCGACCGCUGUGGCCGUAAAUUUGUCUUUGAGGGCUUUUUGCAGCGUCAUAUACCAACUUGUGAUGGCACCAUCAAACGGCGCCGUGACAUGAAGUAAAACUCUGAAACAUUGGACAAAUCGAGGGAGAUAAUCUCGUAUCCUUGGGCUUAAAAGGAUAAUUAAUUCUAUGUCGUAAAUUAAAUUGCUUAUUUUUCAUUUUUUUUUGCUGUAAAAUCUAUUAUUAUUACAUUCAUAAGAAUUUUUCUACAUUUAGAUUAAAAAAAACAUACACCUACACAACACACAUAAAAAUACGUAAUGGAUUUUAAGGGAAUUUUAAUAAAGAAGAGAUUUUGCUAAAGAAUCCAUUUGGUACAUAUAAAUCCAUACAUUGGGACACUAUUUUUACAAAUUAAAUAAUUUUGUUUUGAAAGAAAUGUUUAAAUAAACACUAUGAGAAAAAUA